UUUCAUGGCUGGCUCCUGUGGCAUCAGACAACUCUGACGCCGCUACCCUGACGGUCAACCAACUACCAGGCAGUUCCUUCGCUGUUGGAUCUACUGAGGUCACCUACACAGCUAGGAACGAUUUAUCCAGGAACGGAUGGCACCCGACCAUCCUUCCUCAACUGGCCAAGCAACAUGGACGUGACCGUCCCCUUCGGUAGCAGCCCAACUACCGUCAACUGGACUGAGCCCAUUGGUGUAGCCAGCGUUGCGGCCUCACAGAGCUCUGGAUCUUUCUUUGUCGUGGGAUACACUAACGUGGCCUCCACCGCCACAGACGCAAGCAGCAACUUCGAAAGCUGCUCUUUCUCUGUCACCAUCACAGCAACGAUUUAUCCAGGAACGGAUGGCACCCGACCAUCCUUCCUCAACUGGCCAAGCAACAUCAACGAGACCGUCCCCUUCGGUAGCAGCCCAACUACCCUCAGCUGGACCGAGCCCAUUGGUGUAGCCAGCGUUGCGGCCUCACAGAGCUCUGGAUCUUUCUUUGUCGUGGGAUACACUAACGUGGCCUCCACCGCCACAGACGCAAGCAGCAACUUCGAAAGCUGCUCUUUCUCUGUCACCGUCACAGCAAUGAUUCAUCCAGGAACGGAUGGCACCCGACCAUCCUUCCUCAACUGGCCAAGCAACAUCAACGAGACCGUCCCCUUCGGUAGCAGCCCAACUACCGUCAGCUGGACCGAGCCCAUUGGUGUAGCCAGCGUUGCGGCCUCACAGAGCUCUGGAUCUUUCUUUGUCGUGGGAUACACUAACGUGGCCUCCACCGCCACAGACGCAAGCAGCAACUUCGAAAGCUGCUCUUUAUCUGUCACCGUCACAGCAACGAUUUAUCCAGGAACGGAUGGCACCCGACCAUCCUUCCUCAACUGGCCAAGCAACAUCAACGAGACCGUCCCCUUCGGUAGCAGCCCAACUACCCUCAGCUGGACCGAGCCCAUUGGUGUAGCCAGCGUUGCGGCCUCACAGAGCUCUGGAUCUUUCUUUGUCGUGGGAUACACUAACGUGGCCUCCACCGCCACAGACGCAAGCAGCAACUUCGAAAGCUGCUCUUUCUCUGUCACCGUCACAGCAACGAUUUAUCCAGGAACGGAUGGCACCCGACCAUCCUUCCUCAACUGGCCAAGCAACAUCAACGAGACCGUCCCCUUCGGUAGCAGCCCAACUACCCUCAGCUGGACCGAGCCCAUUGGUGUAGCCAGCGUUGCGGCCUCACAGAGCUCUGGAUCUUUCUUUGUCGUGGGAUACACUAACGUGGCCUCCACCGCCACAGACGCAAGCAGCAAUUUCGAAAGCUGCUCUUUAUCUGUCACCGUCACAGACAACACACCCCCAGUCACCUCCAACUGCCCUGCAUCCCAGACUAUCACCUGGACCGAAACCCAUCUUUACCAAUAUCUAGGGUGUGGCCACCGUCACCAGCAACUUCAACUCUAGCUCCUCUUUCCCCACCAUCGCUCACACCGCGACCGAUUUCCUCAGCAACGUUGGAUAAUGUUCCUUUAAUAUCGUUGUC